AUGGAGUCGAGAGAGAAUGAUCCCUCGCAAGCCUCAUACAGUGAUGGCGAUGCACAGCCUAACCUGACAAAUACCUCUGACGCUUUGUCGAAACAAUCUACCGAAGAGCACAGCUCCGACCGCAGCUCAAGCUCCGAGGGUCGUCCACCAUUACCCCCACGUCCAGAUACACUGAGCUUGUUAGACGAUGGAGGAGCAGCUCCCGGGACACCACGGCUUAAUACACCAAUACCGCAUUCCAGCUUGCAAUCUAGGGCUACUACAGCAGUAUCUUUGGCUGAAAUUGCUCCCCACGAGAACAGCAAGGAGACAUCGGCUGUUCGCUCCUUUCCUGGUACCGUCCACGCAAAGACCAGCUUGAGUCAUCUCGCAACUCCGAGGGCUGGGAGCGACACUGCCGACAGCGCAAGUAUCGGGAGCCAUGCGCCGUACUCUGAGGCCGGGGAUGUGGAGAAUAUCUUUGGUGAUCUCGCUUCCUCGGAGCUAGGAAUGGUUCAACAGGACAGUACUGGCUUGAUGCAAUUUCCGGAGUUCCAAGCCGACGACGUAGAAGAUGACUUUACAAGUGAAUUUGAGCCGGUCGGGGACAUCAGCGAAGGGGGGGAGAUUGAAGAUCGGGUUCUCGAGAGAUGGAAGGCGAAGCGGAAGCACUACAUCAUUCUCUCAGCCGCUGGUAAACCGAUUUGGACGAGACAUGGGGAUGGUGGGCUCAUUUCCACAUAUGUUGGCGUCAUUCAGACAAUAAUUUCAUCCUACGAAGACUCCAACGAUCGCCUAAAUGGCUUUACUGCUGGCGACACGAAGUUCACAGUGGUUGCCAGAGGUUCCCUAUACUUAGUUGCCAUUAGUCGAAUCCUUGAAAGUGAUACCCAGCUCAAGCUUCAGCUCGAAGCGUUGUAUAUGCAGAUCCUAUCCACGUUGACGCUCCCAGCUCUGAACCAUCUUUUCUCCGUACGGCCAUCAACAGAUUUGAAGCGUCCGUUACAGGGCUCCGAGACCCUCCUCUCCACAUUAGCCGACAGCUUCACAAGAGGGUCGCCAUCUACUUUACUUUCGGCUCUGGAAUGUCUGAAGAUCCGCAAAUCCCAUCGUCAGACCAUCAACAACACUUUGUUAAAAGCGAAGGUCAACAACCUUCUUUACGGUCUAGUUGUUGCUGGUGGCCGGCUUGUUAGUGUUAUCAGGCCGAAGAAACACUCCCUACACCCGGGCGACCUUCAGCUUUUGUUCAACAUGAUUUUUGAGGCGGAAGCCGUUAAGGCUGGCGGCGGCGAAAGCUGGAUUCCGGUGUGUCUUCCUGGAUUCAAUAGCAAUGGAUAUCUAUACAUGUACGUCAGUUUCCUUGAUCUCAGGGAGGAUGCCGAUACUGCGGCCGAAAAUACGGCGAGCGCAGAGGAGUCAGUUGCAAUUAUCUUGAUAAGCACGGAUAAAGAAAGCUUUUUCGAGCUACAAAACAUGAAGAAUACCUUCGUGGAGCAAAUGGAGAAGAAUGGGAGCAUCAAAAUCAUCAAAGAAGCCAUCGACAAAGGCAGACCGAACACAACCGACAUUGUCCCAGGGACUGUCCUACAUCAUUUUGUAUAUAAGUCGCGCGCGAAUGUACAAUUUACCAUGUCCUCAUAUGAACCCGAGUUCUUAUUAACCUCCCGCCGUCGAAGACUCGUAUCGACAUACAACAAUCUCCAUGCCAGCGUUCAUGCUAAACAUACACAUGUCAAGGUACACCACUGCGUCACUCAGUCAUCAAGCUCCUUUGCAUGGGUAACGCCUGUUUUCGAGCUCUACUGCGUUGCCGGACCGAAUGCAAACCGGAACGCGCUAGCUCAGAGCGCUAGUAAGGUCGUGCAGUGGGUGCAGAAGGAAGAAGAGAGGUUGUUUAUAAUCGGUGGAGCAGUUUUCUAA